CUCUUGAAAUUUCGCUUUCGUUCACUCGCGGUUAUUAGUCGGCCGCGCGCGCUCCGGCAAGCAUGUGUUUCGCGUGACGCGCUCUACUACUCCGCAGCACGUUCGAUUUCGUUGGCGAGUCGAUCGUGGUGCAGCAUGGCUCCGCGACGGCAAGGCGCAACCGGCGAACGGGAAUCAGAGGACACUCAUGGGUGCUGCGUGCCUGGCGAAUGCCUUCGCCCCCGGGAGCCCGUCCGCAUCGAAGACGCUGUCCGCGUGCUUUGCAACAAUGACACGUGCACCGCCGGCCGGCAUAUGCACAGAGAAUGCUUCGAGCAAUGGGAAGGAGGAGUUCUUGCGUAUCUGAAGUCAUGUGGCCGAGCGCGAUCAUGGUCCGAGCGGCAGCGGCAUCAGAAUCUAUGGACGAAGAAAGGCUACGAUUUGGCGUUCAAAGCUUGCGGUUGCCGUUGUGGACGUGGACAUCUGAAGAAAGAUCUAGACUGGUCACCGCCAGGUGCGGCUAUACGAGCAGAAGAAGAGAAAAAGAAACGUCGACGAGCUAGAUCUAGCCGCACGCCGGCUGCUAUUGACGUGCGAUCAAGAGCUUUCAGCCUGUCGAGUUCAGGGUCAUGCUCUCCGCCUUCCGCACCUUCGGAGCCAUCUACCAGCCCUACCCACGCUCCGCCAAACCCUAUGACUCCCGCAAAGAGAAAUUCUAAACCUGAAAUAGUAUCCGACAGGGUCAGAGCUGGUGCUGGAGCAAACGGAAUAUUUUCGAGAAGACUGGACUUUUCCACUUUCAACCUUUUGCCGAAGCAUAAAGUCAACUCGUAUCAGAUUAAGAUCGAAGACGAGGGUAACCAUGGUAACGAUGACACCAGGCUCUUCAUCCUUUCCACACUGGCUGGUCAGCACAAGCCGAGGGUGUCCUGCGCUUUAUGCAAAGAGACCCUUCACGUGUUCGACCGGUAUCCUCUGGUCGACGGGACUUUCUUCCUUAGCCCACGCCAACACACUAGCAGCGCUGUUGAGGUGAAAGUGGAAGGUCGCACGCAGUAUCUAACCUGCGUGUGCAUGGGGUGUUUGGAGCGGUGCGACCCAGAGCGCACCAUCCGCUGCCGGUUCUGUGGUCAGAAGUGGGACGGGUCGUCCUUGGUACUGGGCACUAUGUACUCUUACGACAUCUUCAUGGCCACCCCGUGUUGCGCUGAACGAUUGAAGUGCAACAACUGCUACAAGCCACUGCUGCACCCGCACCAGCGGCUGAACUACUCCGACUACUCGCACCCGGUGACGUGCCCGCACUGCCGCGUCGUCGACACGCACUUCGUCAAGCCGCUCACGUACUGCUUCACGAAACGGGCCUUCCCGCUGUUCCAGCAGUGGCCAUAACAAACGGCGGUGCCGGGGCCCUCCCCCGGCACCCCCCCGGACCCAUGGGGCCUCGCGCCCUCGCCGCCGCGCCGCGCCUCGCCGCCCGCGCUGCGGCCCGUCGUCAACACGAGCAUGGCCCGCGCACCCGAGCCGCCCGAGGAGAAGUUCACGCCGAGCCUGGCCAGCAUUACAGAGUCGCUGUCCCUACUGGGGCUCAGCCCGGAGACCCUGGCGAUGAGCUUUGGCGAGUCGCUGGCUGAGCGCUACCUGGCUGCGCUGCGCCCGAAGCCCGUCGAGCGGCCCGCGCAGCCCGCGCAGCUUGCGCAGCCCAAUCUGCAGCUCUUCUCCAACGACUUCAUCGACUACCUGAACCAGAUCGCGUAAAGUGAACGGUGUGACGACAUGGACAUUGCGGCCUCCGCGGAGGCCCUAGGAAUAAUUUUUGUUAAAUUAAGUUGGUAUUAUUGAAAGUAAUUUUAUGUGUCGGUUUAGAUCGUACUAUUGAUUUUAUUUUAAUUUUAUUCUGUACUUUGUUGAUUAAAAUAGAUAGAUGUUGAUUUUUAUCGAAAAAUAAUAUUUACUGCUGAAUAUUGUGACACCAGAAAUUGCAUUUUUUUUUGUUUUCGGUUUAGUCUCGGAUCGGCUAUAUCUGUUCCUUGUGAAGGACCUAAAGGGAUUUUUUUGUUUAAAUUAUUGAUUCUUCGAUUUCAGUGAUACUGAUACGGUGACCCUAUUUGAUAGGUGUUCCAGUUCGAGUGGUGUGUUAUUUAGUUCAAUUUAGUUUAUUAGUUAUGUUUUAUUUUAGCAAAAUUUUAAACUUUAACUUAAGUGUUAUACAAUAUUUUCGUAGGUUUAUUGCAAUCUUUAUUUUCUCCCACCAAAAUGGCACUUUCACCCGAGGGACAUCUCGAAAAUGCCAGUUAGGUUAUUUUCUUAACAAUUUCAUUUAUUCUUUUUCACUUAAUUAUCGGUAGGGGUUUUAAUUAUAAGUGAUUGCUGUGUCACCAAUAAUAUGAUUAGCUUGUGGAUAUGUAUUACGAUUACUCUAAGGUUUAUUGUAUCGAACAAUUGUUUUGGUUUAUGUGAAUAGCUUCAGUGAUUAGCGGAUGAUAAAAUAUUAAAAAGUAUUUAUUUGGAAUCGUGCCAUAUCAACAAAAAAAAAACGAGUCUCGAUGUUUGGGUCAGAUAUAAGGGUAAGAUUGCCGCUCAUCACCGAAGUUACCUUCAAAGUUGUCCUUUUUGUUAUAUUAAAAUUUUGCUACGUCUAUCUAUCUUAGUUUAGAUUAAGAUUUUCUUAUAAUUAUCAUGAAUGUCUAUUUGUUUGUAAGUAUAGCACUUCGACGUGUAGCGUUGAAGCGAUGCCCAUUUACUCAUUAACGUUUAAAGAUAAAAAUUUUAGAUAAGUUUUUGAUACAUUUGAUACUUACUCGCAAAGUGAUUAAAAGUGAUAAAUUUUAUAGAAGUAGACGUGUGUUAGUGAUAGAUAAAGUGGUGCGGAUAGGUAGGCGCUUACUGUUUACAAUGAUAGUGAAAUGUGAACCGUCGUUCGCACCGUAGGCAAUAAUUCUAUGAAGACUUGACGAUUUUUAUAGGUGAAAAUUUUUGCAUUCUUCUAAAAUCAAAACUGCCAUUUAUCUUUUGUAAAUUUAUCACAACGGGACGGAUGCACACGUGUUUAUGCGUAGCGACAUCAACUCGUAUGGACCACGAAUGCUAAUAUUUUCUACGUACAUUUUGUAAUAUCUUUGCAACAAACGAAGCCUAAGGGAAGUAGACUAAAUCUUUGCCCGGUCUACGUUUAAACAGUGUGCAUUGCCCUUAUUAAGUGUAGAUUCUUAAAAGAAAUUUAUA